CCCCCGCGGUGCUUAGAUUAUACAUAUAUUUUUUUAUCCCCCCGAUUCUCUGUGUUUUGCUCCCGUCUCCGACGAGAGAGGCGGCGACGGUGGCGUCUGCGACGGGAGACAGCGCGUCGGAGCGAGAAAGCGCCGCGCCUGCCGCCGCCCCAACAGCGGAGGCGCCGCCGCCAUCGGUCAUCAGCAGACCGGAGCCGCAGGCCCUCCCGAGUCCGGCCAUCCGUGCGCCGCUCCCAGAUCUUUAUCCGUUUGGGACCAUGCGCGGAGGCGGCUUUGGGGACCGGGACCGGGACCGGGACCGUGGAGGGUUUGGAGCAAGAGGCAGUGGUGGCCUUCCUCCAAAGAAGUUUGGUAAUCCUGGGGAGCGCUUACGUAAGAAGAAGUGGGAUUUGAGUGAGCUCCCCAAGUUUGAGAAGAAUUUUUAUGUGGAACAUCCAGAAGUGGCAAGGCUGACUCCUUAUGAGGUGGAUGAGCUGCGUCGAAAGAAAGAGAUUACCGUGAGAGGGGGAGAUGUUUGUCCCAAACCUGUCUUCGCUUUCCACCAUGCUAACUUCCCACAAUAUGUAAUGGAUGUAUUGAUGGAUCAACACUUCACAGAACCAACUCCAAUUCAGUGCCAGGGAUUUCCGUUGGCUCUUAGUGGUCGGGAUAUGGUGGGCAUUGCUCAGACUGGCUCUGGGAAGACAUUGGCGUAUCUGCUGCCUGCCAUUGUUCAUAUUAACCACCAGCCAUACUUGGAAAGGGGAGAUGGCCCAAUUUGUCUGGUGCUGGCUCCCACCCGAGAGCUUGCUCAGCAGGUUCAGCAGGUAGCUGAUGACUAUGGCAAAUGUUCUAGAUUGAAGAGUACAUGCAUCUAUGGAGGUGCUCCUAAAGGCCCUCAGAUUCGAGACUUGGAAAGAGGUGUUGAGAUUUGCAUAGCUACUCCUGGGCGCCUGAUAGAUUUCCUGGAGUCGGGAAAGACAAACCUUCGCCGAUGUACUUACCUUGUACUGGAUGAGGCUGACAGGAUGCUUGAUAUGGGCUUUGAGCCCCAGAUUCGUAAAAUUGUUGACCAGAUCAGGCCUGAUCGUCAGACGCUGAUGUGGAGUGCAACCUGGCCAAAGGAAGUAAGACAGCUUGCGGAGGAUUUCCUUCGGGACUACACCCAGAUCAAUGUGGGCAACCUGGAGCUGAGUGCCAACCACAACAUCCUUCAGAUUGUGGACGUCUGCAUGGAAAGUGAAAAAGAUCACAAGUUGAUCCAACUGAUGGAGGAAAUCAUGGCUGAAAAGGAAAAUAAGACAAUAAUAUUUGUAGAGACAAAGAGACGCUGUGAUGACCUUACUCGAAGGAUGCGCAGAGAUGGUUGGCCAGCUAUGUGUAUUCAUGGAGACAAGAGUCAGCCAGAAAGAGAUUGGGUACUUAAUGAGUUCCGAUCUGGAAAGGCUCCAAUCCUCAUUGCCACAGAUGUAGCCUCCCGUGGGCUAGAUGUGGAAGACGUCAAGUUUGUGAUCAACUAUGACUAUCCAAACAGCUCAGAGGAUUAUGUGCACCGUAUUGGUCGAACAGCCCGGAGCACCAACAAGGGCACUGCGUAUACCUUCUUCACUCCUGGGAACCUAAAACAGGCCAGAGAGCUGAUCAAAGUGCUAGAAGAGGCAAACCAGGCCAUCAAUCCAAAGUUGAUGCAGCUGGUGGACCACAGGGGCGGCGGCGGCGGCGGGGGUAAGGGAGGUCGUUCUCGAUACCGGACUACUUCUUCAGCCAACAAUCCCAAUCUGAUGUAUCAGGAUGAGUGUGAUCGGAGGCUUCGAGGUGUCAAGGAUGGUGGCCGGAGAGACUCCGCAAGCUAUCGGGAUCGUACUGAAACCGAUAGAGCCAGUUAUGCUAAUGGCAGUGGCUAUGGAAGUCCAAAUUCUGCCUUCGGAGCACAAGCGGGCCAAUAUACCUAUGGUCAAGGCACCUAUGGGGCAGCUGCUUAUGGCACUAGUGGCUACACAGCCCAGGAGUAUGCUGCUGGCACCUACGGAGCUAGUAGCACCGCCUCCACCGGGAGGAGCUCACAGAGCUCCAGCCAGCAGUUUAGUGGUAUAGGCAGGUCUGCGCAGCAGCCACAGCCACUGAUGUCACAGCAGUUUGCGCAGCCUCCAGGAGCUACCAAUAUGAUAGGUUACAUGGGGCAAACUGCCUACCAAUACCCUCCUCCUCCCCCUCCCCCUCCCCCUUCACGUAAAUGAAACCACUUGGUGGAUGUGACUUUUGCACAGACUAAUUACAUCUAAAGAAGCACUGUCUGUCCUUUUUUCUUCUUCCCCUUUUCCUUUUUUUUUUCUCCCAACCAUUGUGAUUUGUCUUUUCAUACAGAUUAGUUAGAAUUCACUGCCAGGUUUCUUUUGCCCACCAUAAUGAUCCAGUCUGUAAUAACAGAUGUUGUAAGAAUAUAUAUGACUGGAGGAGAUUAGUUUGUUCCCCCAACUUCUUGCAUGUUGAGGAUAUUUGAGCUAUUUUUCAUCUUAAAAAGGUAUUAGGUCCUUUUGUGGGAACCCGUUUCUUUUGUUGUCAUAGGUUGAUAGAGGGAGGGAGGGUGAGGAGAGCAGCCUUGUUCUGCACAUGAUGGUGUCUGCUUAAGUGGCUUUCGCAUUACUGGUUCAGAACACCAAAAGGGAUUUCCCUGCGUAUUUUCAGAAGGGUUUUAACAUUAUUAGAUCAGGGUUCCUCAGGCCUGGUAAGUUUUAAGACAGUGCUUCAUCAUUACCAUUUUGGCUGAUGGCUUAAGUGCAUUUUGACAGUUAAAAAUUCCUAGUUGAUUUUUGUCCCCUUUACACUCUACCUUCCCCUUUUUCCCUUCCCAGUUACUAAAAAAAAGAAGAAAAAAAAAAACACAAAACCAGUUAAGUGUUGUUAGAAAUGGAAUUUCUGAGUUCAGACGUAUCUUUUAAGUUGAAGAGUAUAAGCAUAUAUCUUAAUGUUUAGACUAGCAUAUGGGAGGAAGCUGCCUGUUUUUUCUUCCCCAUGUCACCAAGGGUCAUAUGAAAUUCAUUUUCUAGCCAAAUAGCCAUUAUGAGCAAUGAACAUCAGUGCUCGCUGGAAACUUAAAAGCAGUAUGAACAGCACCUUUUAAUUAUAAAUGUUGUACUCAAAACAGGCAGAGUUUUCUUUUUCUUUUAAACUUUGUAUUUUUAGAGCAAGAGCAGCUCUGUCAGCCAUGGUGCCCUUUUGGCCAGGCUGUCUUGAGCAAGACUCCGCGCACUCAGCCUGCACACAGCCUUCCCUGCAGUGCUUUGUAACAGCUGCUGCACUCUGCCCUCAGCACCCCUUUGCACUCAGCUUUUCACAGGUAGGUGUAGUGCUGAGGAAAGGACAUGGCCAACGCCCAAGGCCUCCUUUUCUCCAUGUGAAGGAAGGUGAGUGUGUUCCAUCCCUUUCAGUAGCAAUGCUGUCCUGCUGGGAUUUAGAACAGCAGCAGAUGCUCCUGCGUUCAGCCUAACGGGAUAGGGCAAUUACGGCCCCAGAAACCUCUCUGCAUCCACUGUGGUGGGACUUCCUUUAUUCUGUUGCCUGUACUAUUGGUUCACAGCACAGUUAAGGGGGAAUGGUUCCACUGCAUUUGUUGGCUCUGGCCUCGAGUACCCGAGGUUAAAAUCCUUCAGGGAGAGAAGGAUGGCUUCUGGAGGGGGAGGGUCACUCUGAAAGUAUUGGUUAGCGUGCAGCAUACCAGGUAGGUUGUCAGUAUACUCUGAAUUUACAUGUGUAAAAACUGACCCCUCCACACCCCCAUUUUUCCCAUCUUGAAGAUGAGGCCAAGAGAGAGUGGUAGGCACAGAAGAAAUGUGGGAAAACUGCUCUGUGCUCUCAAACCAAAGUUGUGUCCUGUCAGUGCAUCCCAGCUCUCCCCAAAAGAAAAGGUGUCUAAGCACUGACCAGUCUGUUACAGACAUUGAUUUUUACAACCAAACUUUUUUUUCCUUUAAACAUAGGUUCCACCACAGGGGGUGUCCUGUGUACUGCAGCUCUUAAAAUGCAUCCACUUCUGGGAAAGAUCUCUGGGGAUUCAGCAGUCAGUGGAUUGCUGCUCUUGUCCACCAGUGGCAUUAUAAAUAUUAAAAUAACAGCACACCAAAUUUCAAGAGCUCUUAGUGGCCUGGGUACAACAGAAAUUGAGUGGGUUUUUGUUGUUACUGUUAGUUGUUUGUUUCCUAUUUUACUGUAGAGUGAUGUUCACCUCCUUGUCUGUUAUUUGGGUUCUGCUCUUGCUUCAGAGCAGGAGCAGGCAGCUCUGAUGCAGUUUAAUGCAUUCAUGGUUCAACUCAUGGAAGGGCUUCAGUGUUAUGCAGUGGGCUACUUCUCCCCAUCCUUUCUGACAGUUUAUUGUGCAGACCUCUCAUCUAAAAGGUUGGUGGCUUUUGCUUGGGAUCAGUGCCCUUGCUGGUCUCUCAACACAUUCCUGUCAUGUGAAGACUUGAAAGAUUAUAGGUGUGUGAUGUUAAGGCACAGGAUGCUAAGAGCUAUGUUAUUCUUGGUUUGUAAAUUGUCCUUUUGAUACCAUCUUGUUUUCUUUUGUAGGUAUAAAUAAAAAACAUUGUUGACAA